UGUGAAGUUUGCACGUGCGUAUCGAUGCACAAAGUAAAUGAAUACACACACCACACCCACAAGCACACACACACACCAAUUGACAGACACGUGUCGAGCACUGAGGCCGAUCAUUGAGUGCACUCAUUGUUUUAUUAAACAGACGUGUGUAUGGAGGCGCAUACAAGACAUGUACAUCCACACGCACACGGACCGGACGGACGCCGUGUGUGACCGACCAAAGCUGACUGACUGACUCAAUAAUUAACGUGACGUGUCGGUCCGUUCGUGCCGUCCUGCAGCGUCUUUCUGCAGACAGAGGACGAACAUCCCUUCUCUAGCACUACACUCGGCUAAUUACGACCGCAUAGGUUACAUAUCUCUCUCUCUACGCAUCAUGUGUUACUACGGCAAAACCCAGUCAGUCUACCAAGUGAUCAAAUCAACCACCAAAAUCCAGCUGCUACAUAUGGGCCUUGCUAGCUGUGGCCAGCCUCUCAGUCUGAACUUCGGCUUUUGAGCUUGGUUCCUCUGUUUGGUGGCUUCAAUACCUGGGGGCGUUCGUAUGAUGCAGACACACACACACACACACACACAGAGAGAGAGAGAAGAGAGAGAGAGGACGUCAUGUGGCCGGCCGGACGUGUCGAGUGUUGACCGUGUCAGUCAGUGCGACCGACUUGCCUUGUAGAUGCGGACGAUCCAGUUUUGCGAUGUGAAAGCCUCCUCGAGAUGUUUGAACGUCACGUCCUUCUUGCCGAUCUCGGAGUUUCUGAUAGAUAGAUAGAUCCACCGACCGCCCACACACAUAACAUACAAACGGAACCGUAUGGAUGGCAAUGGGUAGGGGUGGAUGUGGUGUGGUGUGUGAUAGGCAGGCACCUGGCGUAGUCGAAUCCUCUUGAGAUUUCGGCGAAUCGGUAGUAGCAGCACUUGUACAUGAGCGAGUUGAUCAUCGUCUGAGAGGCGUCCUUGCCAACAGAAUACUGCACGGACACACACACACACACACGGGGAUGAGAUGGUUGCUGCCAUGUGGACUUCGUGUCGUGUUUGUGUGGCUGCCUGACUGACCCCUCUGGUGGUUGGGCUCAUGAAGUCGGCCUCCUGCACUCGUGGGUAGACACCCGAUGCGAUUCGGAUCAUCCACAGGAACUUGUUGAUGUCGUCAGACUGGUAACGCGCCACACCACCGAACACAACCUACGUAGACACACAGAGAGAGGGAGGGAGGGAGGGAGAGAGGGAGAGACGCAGGCAAUUUCGCUGUAGGCGGGCGGUAUGGUGAGCUCACUGACUGACCAGGACGUAAUCGACGUCAUGUUUGAGCAGGAUGGGGUAGGCGUCCUCCUCCUUGGAUGCCCACGCCUGAGAGAAUUGACACACUCACAUGAGCGACGGACGGAUGAGCCGUGAUGCUGUUUCUUCCCCCCACUGACCAGUCCGACAGUAGCGAUGUGCGUGUUGUUCCAUGUGUUGUUGUCCACCAGGACUGUGCGGUUGCCCAUCGUCGUUAUCUGAUAGCCGUAGUCCCACCUACCCAUCCAUCCGUCAGACAAACAGAGCCAUCCAUCGAUGUGUGUGUGUGUGUUUAGGAAGGGGUCGGCUGGUGUGCCUACCAUGACAUGAUUCGCGAUCUGGGGUAGGUGUUCUGCCUCAGCCAGUAGUAGGCCUCACGGAAGUCAUCCUGGAUGUGGCGCGCACCAUCGCGGCCGCGGUGAGCUGCCAGACACACCACCCCACCCACACACAUACCCUACCCGUCCAGUCAGUCGCUUUGCCUUUCACGUGUGUGUGUGUGUGUGUGUGGAUACCCACCGAGCACGAUGGAGGGGUGUGAGUAGGCGACAGAGGACGUCCAUGUGCAGUGGGCCACAUACUGCACGCACACACAAGACAGACACAGAGAGACAGGCGGUUCUUCUUCACACUUCUCUCUGUUUGACUUCAUACCUUGACGGUGCAAUACAGGAGGAAUCCCAGGCCAAGAAGCGCCAGCGUUCGCGACAUAUUGCCUGUCGGGGCCUCACCAAACGACAUAAACGACGACAGCGACGCUCCCGCGCGGCUGCCCUUCUGCACAAACAACCAAAGGUCGGAUACUGAUUGCAUGUGUGCGUGUCUUCGUCCUUGGGCUUUGGUGGAUGUCCUACGGCCUUGAGCUUGGCUUUUUGGAGGGCGGUAGGUGACUUGGCGUAGGUGACGAAGGCGCUGAGCAGCCAGGACAAGCCGAUGGCGGCCAGCACGGCAGCGGCGGGGGCCAGCACAAGCAUCAAGCGGAUCAUCACACCUACACACACAUCCACAUCCACAUCCACAUCCACAUCCACGUCCACGCAUCCAUCCAUCAGGCUCUCACUCCCUCCUUUUCGCACGGACACACCCACACAUUUGUACCUGAGAAGUAGACGGAGAGAAUGCCGUAUAGUCCGGCGAACACCAUUCCGUCGGUCAUGUGCUUGAAGCACACCAACAGGCCGAUGGGCGCCAGGAGGAUGAGGAUGUGAAGGUCCAGGAUGUACGCCGACCAGGUCGUGGGCUGGUGCUCUGACACCGAUGCUAUGAUCGGGAUGUACCUGCAAAGUGAUUGAUGGAUGCGAACGAAAGGCAUCCAUCCAUCCGUCAACCAUGUGUGUCAUGUGUCUCUGUGUGUGUGUGUGUGGUGGUAGUACUUUGAUGCGUAAGUGGGGUCCAGCAGAGUCAUCGAUCGCCCCGACCAACGGGACUUCCCCUGAGCGAUGGACAAAACACACAUUCCACAUAGAUGCGCCAGUGGCCAGCGGCUUCUCUUGUUCGGCCUACGGUGAUGGUGAGGUAUGAGAAGAGGAGCAGGAAUGCGCCGACGACACCCACGACGAGCACCCUGACCAGGAACUUGAUGCCCUCUCGCGGAAUGAGAUCCCGCAAAUACUGACUCGCCAUGUACGCCUGAUCCAUCCAUCCAUCCAUCGAUGCAUUCACGCAUUCACUCAUGGAGCGCGUGUGCACGUGUGUGGUGUACCAAGAGCAUGAGGAAGACGCCGUGUGACGCCAUGUGCUCCGAUGAGGUGACGGCCUGGAAGUUGACGAACGGGAUGUUCAGACACAGCAUCGUCCCAAUGAUGUACCUAUUCGCCCACACACACAGGCAGGGUGCGGUGCAUUUGUGUUUGCUUGUGUGUGUGUCUGUGUGUGUUUGUGAGCGUGUGUCAUCAUAUUCAGUCGCCCACUCACUCACCAAGUGCAGAAGACGACAAAGUGUCUGCCUGUCACUCGCCCCAGCAGUGUCAUGGCCACCAUAUAGAUGGACACUGUGUUGGUGAUGAAGACGUAGCCGCCCCAGGCAGACACCAUGUAGAAGUACGCCAGCGCCGCCAGCAUGCCCCACAGCAUCGUCCCCGUGUGGAUGGCCUUGACGAACACGUAGAAGGAGAACACCAGCGCAAAGAUGGCCACUCCCUCGUUGUCGUAAGACCCAGCCACCGAUCGCGAGAGAUAUGAAGGCGCGAUGCCCAGGAACACCGCGCCGAGCAGCCCAGCCUCAGACCGCCCGGUGACCUCUUUGGUGAAAAGGUAUGAUGCCAUGGCGGCGCAUCCCGAGAAGAGGGGAGCGAGGAAGACGCAGACGUCCUUGAUGUCGAUCAUGAUGCCGAAGAAGUGGAGGGCGUGGAAUAUGAGGUAGGAUGUGGUCAUCAGGCCGGGGUAGAGCGUCUGUCCGAUGACGCGGCCGAGCGGGUACCAGGAACCCUCGUCGAACCAGUUCCAGAACUCAUAGUAGCCCUCGCGCGAGAGGAAGCGCGUCGUGCGGAAGUUAAAGUAGGGGUCGAACUCGUGAAUGACGCUCUCGAAGCGGAUCACGGCGAACAGACGGAUGAAGAAACUCAUCACGCAGAUGAGAAACAGAAUCGAGUACUCGAGGACGGGAGACCAUCGCUUGCCGACCUUAUUGAUGGUUCUCGUCACCUAAAGGACAAGCAAACGAAACGAGUGAGUGAAGCGCGGGGAAACAAACAAACCGAGAAGCAGACACGACAGGAUGUGGCGAAGAGUUGUGUUGAGUGAUCUGCUGUGUGUCUGCUUGCCUCAUUGUCGAGCAGGAAGUCCACAGGCCCUUCACUGCUUGGCUUCAUCUCUGUCUGCAACACCUGCCUGCCACUUGCACAAGGCGUCUCGUUCUCAACCAAAGCGUGAUCCUCUCUGCUUCACUGCCAGCCAGGUGACUGCAUCCAGAAAUCACGGCUGUUUGAGCGCAUUCCACC